CAGGGAUGUAUUUUAGGCGAGCUUGCCCCACGCUGCGGCCGAUAAUCGCCUCUCGCUUGCUCGCACAUCUUCACCUCGUCCGCAAGCGCGGCGCGACAUGACCGAUUUCCAGGCCGGUCACCCCCCCCCAACAUUCAUCAACCGUGUUCUCUGCAAAACCAGUUCUUGCCCAAGCGUUUCCUCCCUGCAGCGCCCAGCCUCUGCGUGGGUGGGCCAGCUGCUUGGAUGGACGGCCCCACUAGCAUGCCCAGCUGUGAGGAGGAGGAGGACGCGUCCAGCGACGAGAAGGGGAGGCAGUCCCUGCGGGAUCAGCUCAACGCGAUGAGACGCAGCAGCCGCCGCCUCACCGAGACGCCGCGCAGGCAGCUGUCCGACUUCGCGGCGGCGCUCGAGUUGCAGCAGGACUGCCUGCUAAAGCUGCUGGACGCACAGGACAAGCACGAGGCGAUGCUCCAGUCGCAGGCGAAAUGGAUUGUGCGCCAGGUUGGGAACAUGGUCAGGGAGAGGCCGGGGCAGAGCCCCCGGGCGCACAGGGACGGCUCCUGCCGCAGGGUGUCCACCGCGAGUUGCCCGAGCAGGGUGGACUCGGAGGCGGCCGCCUCGGCGGUGGCGCCGGCGGUCUCGAAGGGCAAGUUCUAUUUGAGCGAGGGCUCUGCCACGCCAUCUUAUCCGAUGGAUCCUGUGCUGGCCAGCCGCUCCGCCUCCCUCUCCGAUUUCUCGGUCUCAGACUAUUCGCCUCGCAAGCUGACCGCCCCGGAAGAGCAGUUCAAUUUGGAGGACAAGCUCAACAGGCUGAAGGAGUCCGACAAGAACUUCUUCUUUUGGGGACUGACGAACUCGGGGGAGUCUGAGCGCCGCGAGACAUCUUCCACCCUGGGCGCAUUCGCGUACAAGUGCACGCACAGCAUCCUGUUCCAGAUCCUUGUUCCGGUGGUCAUUAUCGCCAAUGCCUGUACCAUUGGCCACCAGGCAGACUGGGAUAUGCGCCACUACGGCGAGCCACUCGCGAGCCAAGAUCUGACGAGCUGGAUAUGGAUUAACCGAGCGUUUGCGCUUGCGUUCUUUCUGGAACUCGUACUGCGUAUCGCAUGCGAGGGGGCCCACUUCUUCUACUGGGGGAACAAAGGCUUCGCCUGGAACGCCUUCGACUUUCUCAUCGUGGCGUCGUCUGUCGCGGAAGAGGUCGCUGUGCUCGUCUUCGCGACCAGGCGCACCCGCAUAUCUUCGUUCCGAGUGGUCCGCGUGCUACGGCUGGUGCGCGCGCUGCGCGUGAUCAGGAUUUUACGUUUCUUCCGCGAGCUCCGCAUCAUGGUUGCUGGGAUAAUGAAUUGCGGCAAGUCGUUGCUCUGGGCUUCGUUGUUGAUCGGCAUCAUGACCUACACAUUCUCUGUAGUGUUCCUGCAGGCUAGUCUCGCAUACCUCGAGGACUCUGGACAUGAGACGAUUGUCAAUGUGGACUGCAGCAAUGACAUAGGGGCUGGGUGCAGCAUAAGGAAUAACUUCAACUCACUGGUGGGAGGCAUGUACACUUUGUUUAAAGCCAUGUCUGGUGGCUCUUCCUGGGGCGAUGUUUCGGAUACUCUGACCGAGAUCAGCCCUCUGGUGACUUUCGCAUUUUGCGUAUACAUCAUGCUCGCCGUAUUCGUUGUCUUGAAUUGUGGCGGAUUACAGCGAUUUUUGUCGACUCGGCUCAGCGUGUUUCUGACGACGAGGCGACUAGGAUCCUCGACAACAUACAGAGGAAAUCGGUCUGGAUCCAGGCCGCCAAGGAGCUGUUCAAGAUCCUUGACACACGCAACGAGGGCGAGCUCCAGUGGAGCGACAUCAAUAAGCUGUUCACCGACGAGAGAGCUCAGAGUUGCUUGCAGGAGUUUGGGAUUGACCUCGACUUCCAGAGCUCGCAGGUCCUCUUCAACCUCUUCGAUCCCUUGGGCACUGGCGUGAUCUCUGAGGACCAUUUCGCCAAGACGCUGUACCGGCUUCAAGGGGGUGCGCGCAGCUUAGACCUAUGCCGUAUUCACAACACCGUCCUCAGCAUGCACAAGAGUCUGAAGCUCGCGAACAAGAGGGUGGACACACUGGCAAACCUCAUGGGCUUCCACCUGAGCGUGGGCCUGGACGGCAAGGGCCGCAAGGCAACCCACUCCCAGCAGAUGCCCACAGCGCGCACUACGACGCCACGUUCGAGGUUAGCGCUGUCCUCUUGCCCCCCCUCCUCCGCUUCCUCCUCGAGGUCGUACUCGUCCUCCUGCCUAUCUUUGGGGUGGUCGUCCUCCCCCGCAUCCCCGACGUCCCUCUGCUCAUCCAUCCUCUCUGUGCAACUACUUGGUGUGAGUAAUACUCUGCUCUCUCCCCUGAACCUGUCCUUUUGUGGCCCCGGCUCCAACG